GUCUAGAUGUUCCGCUCACUAGAGAGACUUUGGUGGGCAGAGCAAAAAAUAUGUUAACGAGAAAUGUUGCCCCUGGAAUUUAUUGUCAUAUUGGCAUAGAAACACAACUACGAAAAGUUGGUCACAUUUUGGAAAAGUAUGAGGAAGUCGAACUAGAUAUAAAUAUCGAUGGAAUUCCACUGUUCAAAAGCUCUCGUGUGCAAUUGUGGCCAAUCCUUUGCAGAAUCGUUAAUAUUCAGGAGAAAACAAAACCGUUUGUUGUUGGAUUAUACUUGGGAAACACCAAGCCGGGUAGUGUGAAUGUGUAUUUGAAAGACUUCAUUGAUGAAGUGAUUCUACUAAAAGGUCAGUUUAUCAUACAACAAAAACAUUUAAAAUUGAAGUUUCGUUGCUUAAUAUGUGACGCACCAGCAAAAGCUUUCGUUUGUGGAGUUCCUGGACAUACAUCAACACAUGGCUGCACCAAGUGUACUCAAAUUGCGAAGAAGGUAAACAAUGUCUUGACUUAUAGUAGCGAGAGUGGUUCCCUAAUCUCCGAUGAGGACUUUGCUGUGCGAAAGUAUCCAUGCCACCAUUCCCAAAUGUUCAAAGAAGAAAAAACUCCUCUCGAAGAAAUUGGAUUUGGUAUGAUAAAUCAGACUCCUUUAGAUAGCAUGCAUCUCAUUGACCUCGGAGUCACCAAAAAAAUGCUAACCAGAAUAAUGCAUAAUAAAACUGAAAAGAAAACCUCAAAACAAAAUAUUUCAAAAAUAUCUUCUGAAUUGGUGAAAUUUAAAAAAUACAUUCCAAGGGAAUUCCCAAGAAAACCCAGGCCUUUAGAUGAUCUUUGUCAUUGGAAAGCUACUGAAUUUCACCAGUUCCUUGCUUAUACAGGAAUUAUUGCUCUUUAUAAUAAUGUACACGAAGAUAUUUAUUAUGAAUUUUUAACUUUACAUUGUGCUUAUCGACUUCUUAACAAUGCACGACAUAUGGAUCAAAAUAUUGUUCAAGCUAAUAAUUUGCUUCAAUUAUUUGUCGAGAACUUCUCAACUGUAUUUGGUUCGAACAGCAUUUCUUUUAACGUUCAUAAUCUGCUUCAUUUGGCUUCUUGCGCAGAAAAGUAUGGUCCCCUUAUUUCGUUUUCUGCAUAUGCAUUUGAAAAUAAACUGCAAACACUGAAAAAACAUGUUCGAAAACCAUCACAUAUCUUUCAACAAAUUAUUCAAAAGGAAAAAAAUUGCAUGAUUGUCAACACUAUUCAGGAUGGGUUAAAAUAUGAAAAAGGUGUUAUCGUUGGAGCUUUUGUAAAUGAUUGCUACAUAUCCUGCAAAGAACCAGAUAAUAUUUGCGCGGUGAAUUCAUGCAUUCCAAUAAAAAUUGAUAAUAUAAAGAAAAAGGGCGAAAUAUAUAUUGAAGGCAGUCGAAUUUUGGCAUUAGAAAGUUUCUACGAAGAACCGGUGAAUUCUUGUGAGAUUGGUAUUUUCAAAACGAAUCUGACUCUAGGGGAAAAAGAGACAUUUUGUAUUAAAGACAUUCAGUUCAAAUUUGUAUGCUUGCCAAUUGAUUCUGAUUUUGUAAUCGUGCCCAUUUUACAUUCCUGCUUUCCAGAGAAAUAUCAAGCACAAAUUUUUACCUCCUAAGUACACAACUCCCGCACAUAAACAUGUCGAACGAAAAUGCCAACCCUUCCAAAGGAAAAAUGAAAUAUUUUGCUCCACAAGCUAAUGCAAAAUGUUCUUCCUGCCAAGAAAAUGCCAGAAAACUAGACACGAUUAUUGAUAUUUUGGCGGAGCAUAAAGUUUUACUGGAUCGUGUUAUUUCUCAGAACGCAUUUGUGGACAAUAUUAUGACAAUUUUUCCAAUUGAAUCGGAAGAAAAACUUCGAGAAUUUGAUCGAAUUCUCGCAACACAAGCAGAUCUAUAUGUACGUAUCUGCGUUUUGGGAAUAACAAAUUCAUAACUAAAACAAUUUUUACAAUUGCAGACUCGACAAAUGAAAAAUCUCAUUGCAGGUAACGCUGAACGUAAUUUGCAUAAAGUAUUUGGAAGAAAUAUUAUUAUGGAUUUUAAUGUUGACGGAACUUUCGGGAA